GAUUGGCGUCUCCCGCAAAUGCGUAUCUCGCUUAUAACUUGAGCCGCCCCUGAUUAUCAUCAUCAUCUCUGGAUGAUAAUAAUAACAACAAUAAUAAUAAUACUUUCUCUCAGCGCUGAACCAGGCGUGCCUCUAUGGGAUUGGCGCCUCCCGCAAAUGCGUAUCUCGCUUAUAACUUGAGCCACCCCUGAUUAUCAUCAUCAUCUCUGGAUGAUAAUAAUAACAAUAAUAAUAAUAAUACUUUGAGCGCUGAACUGGGCGUGCCUCUAUGGGAUUGUUGCCUCCCACAAAUGCGUAUCUCGCUUAUAGCUUAAGCCGCCCCUUCUCGUAAUGCAUCCUCUGUGAUGGGAGGUUAUGGGGAACGCUCUUUUUGCCGGUUGCUGCCCAUGCAUUGCCCAUGAAGAUUCAUCAGAUGAGAGGUCACCGCUCUUGCUGAGAGAUCCCGAAAUCCAAGACAAAAUGGAAAUCCCUACAGCCAUGUCUUUGCACACUGAAUGUAGCCGUUCGUCGUGCAAAUACUCCCAAAGUGGAGGAAAAUCAGACGGGCACUCGAUGGAGGAGAAUCAGAGUCAACUCCCCGACAUAGUUUCUGAUAGCUGUCAGAUCUUGGCCGCACCAAAGUUGUAUGUUCCUGAAUCACUCCCCGUGCAAGACUCUACAAAUUCUCACUCGGAUCAAGCUUUCCACGAUUGCAAGGAUCCCAGCUUUCAAGCAAAGCAGGACAGAGAGAGGACAGAACCAAGCAAUGAAGCAGAGGUUAGAAGUCGUGGGAUGUCUGUUCAGAGUUGGCCCCAUGGCCGAGAAAGCACAAUGGUGGAAAAGGCUAAGCGCCGUGAAACCGUUUCCACGGAUCCUGUGGUAGCUGCAUGUGGCUGUGUCUUUCAGCCCGAUUCCUUGGGCAGGAGUAUGAUCUUGGACAGGCACCGGAGUUCGCCUGGAAAGAAGAUCCUUAUUGUUCCAGAAACCGUUUCAUGCCCCAUGAAAGAAGAGGAUCGCUCGUCUAACUUCGCCUUGAUGAACGGCGAUGGCUUGCACGAGAACCACAAGGAGGAGGCCAAGCAGAACGGCCACGAAGAGCCGGAUCAUGCCGAUGACGGGAACGACCAAGAGGUCAUUGUCAUCCAAGACACUGGUUUCACGGUCAAGGUCCAUGCACCGGCAGUGGAACCAUUUCCCUUGCAGGUCUCUCCACAAGAGAUGGUCCAGGAGAUCCACCAAGUCUUGAUGGACCGUGAGGACACCUGCCACCGAACGUGCUUCUCCCUGCAGCUCGAUGGAAACGUGCUGGAUAACUUUGCGGAGCUGAAGACCAUCGAAGGCUUGCAAGAAGAUUCGGUGUUAAAAGUAGUUGAAGAGCCAUAUACAGUCCGGGAAGCCAGGAUCCAUGUCCGCCACAUCCGAGACCUCCUGAAGAGCCUUGACCCCUCAGAUGCCUUCAACGGGGUGGACUGCAACUCGCUCGCAUUCCUUAGUGUCUUUUCCGACGGGGACCUUGGAGACAGUGGCAAGCGGAAGAAGAAAGGGACAGAAAUGGAGCAGAUCGACUGCACCCCUCCUGAGCACAUCCUGCCCGGAAGCAAAGAGAGGCCCCUCUGCCCACUUCAGCCCCAGAACAGAGACUGGAAGCCUCUGCAGUGCCUCAAAGUACUGACGAUGAGCGGGUGGAACCCUCCCCCCGGAAACCGGAAGAUGCACGGAGACCUCAUGUACCUCUAUGUCAUCACGAUGGAAGAUCGUCAUGUGAGCAUCACGGCAUCCACACGAGGCUUUUACCUCAAUCAGUCCACAGCUUACAACUUCAACCCGAAGCCCGCCAAUCCCAGCUUCCUCAGCCAUUCCCUGGUCGAGCUUCUGAACCAGAUCAGCCCCACUUUCAAAAGGAACUUUGCUUCUUUGCAGAAGAAACGCGUCCAGCGGCAUCCGUUGGAGCGGAUCUCGACCCCCUUCCAAGUCUAUACCUGGACGGCGCCUCUGGCCGAACACGCCAUGGAUUGUGUGAGAGCCGAAGACGCUUAUACCUCAAGGCUUGGCUACGAAGAGCACAUCCCGGGACAGACCAGAGAUUGGAAUGAAGAAUUGCAAACAACCAGAGAACUGCCAAGGAAAAACCUACCCGAGAGGCUGUUGCGGGAACGGGCCAUCUUUAAGGUCCAUAGUGACUUCACCGCCGCAGCCACGAGAGGGGCCAUGGCGGUCAUUGACGGCAACGUGAUGGCCAUCAACCCGAGCGAGGAGACCAAAAUGCAGAUGUUCAUCUGGAACAACAUCUUCUUCAGCCUGGGCUUCGACGUCCGCGACCAUUACAAGGACUUCGGCGGAGACGUGGCGGCUUACGUGGCUCCCACCAAUGACCUCAACGGGGUCCGGACGUACAAUGCCGUGGACGUGGAAGGGCUGUACACCUUGGGCACGGUGGUGGUGGAUUACCGGGGGUACCGGGUGACCGCCCAGUCCAUCAUCCCGGGCAUCUUGGAGCGGGAGCAGGAGCAGAGUGUCAUCUAUGGCUCCAUAGACUUUGGUAAGACCGUGGUCUCCCACCCCAAGUAUCUGGAGCUGCUGGAGAAGACCAGCAGGCCCCUGAAGAUCCAGAAACAUACGGUGCUCAACGAUAAGAACGAGGAGGUGGAGCUGUGCUCGUCUGUGGAGUGCAAGGGCAUCAUUGGCAACGACGGGCGCCACUACAUCCUGGACUUGCUCCGCACUUUUCCCCCCGACUUGAACUUUUUGCCCGUGGAAGGGGAGGAGAUGCCGGAAGAGUGUCAGAAAAUGGGGUUCCCCAAACUGCACCGGCACAAACUCUGCUGCCUACGCCAGGAGCUGGUAGACGCCUUUGUGGAGCACAGGUAUCUCAUGUUCAUGAAGCUGGCGGCCCUUCAGCUCAUGCAGCAGAAGGCCAGCAGGCAAGAGAGCGUUGCGAGCCUGGAAAAUGGGGGCAGUCCCACCUCUUCCUUUCCAGAGAAUGGGGUUGAAGAGGGCGAGAAGUCCCCCUUGGAAGACAGAAGGCUGGGGGACAAAAUGGACAGCAAGGGGGAGGACAACGUGGCCGGGCUGGACCAGGUGAAAGAGCUCACCGAGACGAUCGCGUCGGACGACGGAGCAGUGGACCCCAAAAGCAGAGAGGUGAUCCAGAAUGCAUGCAAAGCCGUGGGCUCCAUCAGCAGCACGUCCUUUGAUAUCCGGUUCAACCCAGAUAUCUUCUCUCCAGGCGUCCAUUUCCCAGAGUCCAGCAAAGAACAGAUUCAGGAUCAGAAGCGGUUGCUGAAGGACGCGGCCGCUUUCCUGGUUUCCUACCAAAUCCCAGGCUUGGUCAAAGACUGCCUCGACCACACCAUGCUGCCGAUGGACGGGGCCACCCUGGCGGAAGCCAUGCACCAGCGGGGCAUCAACAUGCGCUACUUGGGCAAAGUCGUCGACUUCGUCACCAAGACCCCCGCCCGGACUCAGCUGGAUCACAUCUACAAAAUUGGCAUCAUGGAAGUGAUCACCCGGUCGGCCAAGCACAUCUUCAAGCUCUACCUCCAGGGUGUAGAGCUCUCUGGGUUGUCGGCCGCCAUCAGCCACUUCCUCAACUGCCUCCUCAGCUCCUUCCCCAACCCGGUUGCCCACCUUCCUGCGGACGAGCUGGUCUCCAAGAAGAAGAACAAGAGGAGGAAGAACCGGAACCUGAGUGCCUCAGACAACACCGCCUGGGCCAGCAUGAGCCCGCAAGAACUCUGGAAGAACAUUUGUUCCGAGGCCAAGAGUUAUUUCGACUUCGACCUGCAGUGCGAGAGUGUUGACCAAGCAGUGGAGGUUUACAGCUUGCAGAAGAUCACCCUCCUCCGCGAGAUCUCCCUCAAAACUGGAAUCCAGAUCCUGCUGAAAGAGUACAACUUUGAUAACCGACACAAGCCAACGUUCACUGAGGAGGACAUCCUCAACAUCUUCCCGGUUGUGAAACACGUCAACCCCAAAGCUUCGGACGCGUUCCACUUCUUCCAGAGCGGGCAGGCGAAAGUGCAGCAAGGUUUCCUGAAGGAAGGGUGUGAGCUGAUCGGCGAGGCCUUAAACCUGUUCAACAAUGUGUAUGGUGCGAUGCACGUGGAAAUCUGUGCCUGCCUGCGGCUUUUGGCCCGCCUGAAUUACAUCAUGGGGGACUACUCAGAGGCCUUAAGUAAUCAACAGAAAGCGGUGCUAAUGAGUGAGAGAGUCCUUGGCAUAGAGCAUCCCAACACAAUCCAAGAAUAUAUGCACCUUGCUUUGUACUGCUUUGCAAAUAGCCAGCUGAGCACAGCCCUCAAUUUACUGUACCGCGCACGCUACCUCAUGCUGUUGGUGUUUGGCGAAGAUCACCCAGAAAUGGCUCUCCUGGAUAACAACAUUGGCUUGGUCCUCCACGGAGUGAUGGAGUACGACCUCUCCCUGCGGUUUCUGGAGAAUGCGCUCGCGAUCAACUCUAAGUACCAUGGCAGCAAGUCCCUGAAAGUUGCACUGAGCCACCACCUGGUCGCCCGGGUGUACGAGAGCAAAGCCGAAUUCCGAUCUGCUCUGCAGCACGAAAAGGAAGGCUACACCAUCUAUAAGAAUCAGCUCGGUGAGCACCACGAGAAGACCAAAGAAAGCUCUGAGUACUUGAAAUACCUGACUCAGCAGGCCGUGGCCCUCCAACGCACAAUGAACGAGAUCUACAAGAACGGAUCCAACGCCAAUAUUAUGCCGCUGAAAUUCACAGCUCCCAGUAUGACCAGCGUCUUGGAGCAGUUGAAUAUUAUCAACGGGAUUCUCUUCAUUCCAAUCAGCCAGAAAGACUUGGAGAACCUGAAAGCCGAGGUGCAGCGGCAGCAGCUCCAGGAGGCCUUCAAGAGCGGAGCCGAGCGGCCGGAGGCGGAAGAGGAUCCCGCCGGAGAGAAGGAGGCCGAAGGGAGCCAGCCGGCCCCCUUAACUCCCUAGCCUAGCAGGUUUUAGUAAGCCAGCCCUUUUGCAACGGAACCUGGCCUUGUUCAGGCAGCUUCUCUUUGGCAAUGUGGUUUAUCUUAUUUUAUUUUUGUUUUGUUUUUUGAUUUGCACUGGUACAAUGAAUACACAAUGCAAAAGAACUUAAAAAAUUGAGAAAUUGGCCCUAACUGUCCUGGCUGCUGGAGGCGCCCAAAGCCUUUCUCUUCCCUUGCUGUGAGAAUGAGGAAGGGGCAGAGGGGGGCAGGAGAGACCCACAGGUGUGUGUAUGCAACCACCAAGCCAUUUCUGCUGUGUAUAUAAGAGAUUUAAUUCCAAGUGGAGGUAUAAUAACAUUUCUCAGGUCAUUAUUAUGUUGGUUUCAGAGGACACUUGUGGGGAAAGGAGGCUCUGCCCCCCGUCCUGUCGCCCCGGUUUGAACAUCUACUCCUUCCGGUUGAGUCCUCAUCUCAAUACGACACUAUCAAUAUUGUAGAUUGAUUGUAGAUUCUGCCAUAUUUUUAUCUAAACGUCUAUGGGAGAGGUCGGGCUUUGAGGAAAGAAAUGCUGGAGGGAAAAUAUUAUUUUUGGUCCGGCUCUAGGAGAGAGAGAGCCAUUGGACUCCGUGCAGGUCCCGGUUUGUUUUUGUUUGUUUCCCUGUGCAAUCCAGACCCACUUGGGAAGGGUUUUUUGUUCAACGGCGGGAGUAAGAUACUUAUGUUGGUGCUUCUUGUUGCUGGCGGACCGUAAACGCUGCAGGGAUGUAAACAAUUGAGGCUGAGACAGUGGAGAGGAGCAACGGGGCUCUUUUGAAGCCAUUGUGGUGGCUUUACCAGCUGCGGGCAGUACCGUAUCAUGCUGGCACGACGUUGCACUGUAGGGAAGGGGAUCUUGUGUAUGUCCGGAGAGAAGAAUAGUCGGAAUAGUGCAAGCAUAGGCAUAGCGCGCCGAUGGGAAUCCCGCCUGGGUGUUCUUAACCCACCGUAACCUCCGUUGUCCAAAGAUACCCCUGAAUCUUAUUGCUAUGGGAGUAGGAAGUGGCCGUAUAGAUGGGCCACCUUUUUCUCUAUGUCUCCCUUUUUGCCGGGGAAUAUCCCCAGUGCCUAAAACACCCCUUCCAAAGGGGUUGUGUGUGUGGAAUCGCACAAAACAAAAGCCCGCAGGACAGAGAGGGGUGUUCAGGAUCGUAGGAUCUUGUUACGAUUCAGGGCAAGGGAAGAGAAGCAACGAGACGGCCGUCACGGAAGCCGCCGGGCGCUCAGGCAGUUCGGGUCAAAUCAAUGUCUUUUUCUGUUUCCGAGGUUGAUCUGUGAAUGUAUUAAAAAAGCAAGAAUCAUGAA